AUGAAUCUUGCAAUUUCAGCAUGGACUAUGGAUGUUCGUGCAAAUACAAUUGCGAACUACUUUCGUCAUUGUAAACUUCGAUCAACAGAUAACAUGACUUUUGAGAACUCAGAUGAAGGUGGUGAAAGCACUCAAGAACUCCAGAAUUUGAUCAAAGAGUUGGGUUAUCGCAAUGCAAUGGAUGUCGAAGAUGUUCUGACUCACCCAGAAGAAAAUGUAGUUGCACAGUUGUUGACUGAUGAAGAAAUUAUUGAAAGCGUUAUUGGAAUUAAUAAAGAUGAUAUCGAUGAAGAAGAUGAUGAAAGUUCUACAAUGGAGCCCCCUUCGAGAAACGAAGCUAUUAAAGCGACAAUCACAUUGAACAAUUUCUUGUUGAGCUAUGAGAAAACAACAACAGAAGUUCUUACCAUGCUAAGGAAAAUUAGAGACGAGAUUCAAGGGAAAAUUGAUUUCAAUAAAAAACAAAAGACAAUUGAAUUUUAUCAUAUCUAA